UCUUCCUCUCUUUCUCACUGAUCCCUAACGUACUAAAGCAGCAGAGGCCAGAGAAAGCGUGAGGAGAGAAGAAGGAGAUCAGAAAACAUUUCCUUUCUUCAGACCCAUUGAUUUAGCAAUGAUUCCCUCUCGCUCCGCCCUCUCCAGAGGAAUCACCCUCUUUCUUAACAGAAGGGCAUACUCUGCUGCAGCUUUAGAGAAGAGGACGACGGUGCUCGUGAAAUCCUCGACCACCACUUCUUCGGUUGCUUCUUCCACUUCUUCGUCUUCAUCAAAUUCUUGGGUGCCGGAUCCGGAGACUGGAUAUUACAGGCCCAGUGAUGUAGGCGCGAAGGUCGACGCGGCGGAGCUCCGAGCGAUGCUUCUCUCCAAGAGAGAAUAAACUACCAUAAUUCUGCAAUUCUAGACUCUGUUUCCUUAUAUUUCCAAUUGAUUUCAGCAGAAAAGAGGAGAGAAGAACUGGUGUCGGUUGUCCCGAGAUAUAUUUCAAUGAAUCAUCAGAUAUUAUAGUUUUUGAAUUUUA